GAGUCCCAUCUGCAGAAAUCCCUCUAUUUACUCACAACAAGCAGAUUAAACUGCUUGUACACAGUAGAGACUGCACAUUUUCAAAAAACAAGCAACCAUUAUUUCAGACACACUUUUUGUUUCUGACAUGGAAGGACAAGGAGACAGACCCCCUGGUGAUCCUAAUGAGGUGGUCAUGUAUGGUCUUGUAGAGCUACCACUCCUUCCAGAUGUUGAUAACAGGGAAGAUGUGGAGUUCAUCAUCCUGAGAAUCCCUGUUGAUCACAGGGGAGAUAUGGAGUUCAUCAUCCAGAGACGCCCUGUGCAACCUCUUGCACUGAUUGGACGCAUGAUUGUGUUCUUUCGCAGGCGAUUUUGGGAUGAAAAUGCGGACCCAGAUGACAAUGAUGACCAAGAUGAUGAUUUAAUUUUCAUUAUUGAAGAUGAAAAUGCUGACAACAACGAUGAUGCCCUUAACAUUAAUAACGUCAAUCUCGAAAACAAUGACGAUGAUAACGAGGCCAAUCAUCAAGAUGAGGAUGCUGCUGCAGCUGCAGAUGUUGACCAGGAAGACUACCAGCAUGUAGAAGAAAAGCAAGAGGACGAUCCACUGCCUGGAAGAUCCAGGAGGAGGUCUCGGGAGGAAGACAAUAAAGAAGAGGACGGUCACAGCAGUAAACAUUCCCGCUGGUGGGAGGAGUUUUCUGACAGUGAUUCUGAAGAAGACGUCCUGCCUGGAUGCUCCACCAAGAAGGACGGCAAUGAAGAUGACAAAGAUGGGCGCACUUCAUUCUUUUAAUCAUUUUAAAAAAUAAAUUUU